UUUCUCGCAAACUACGAAUAAUGUAAUUAAUUAAUUUUUUAGAUUGACCUUAAUUGAACAGAAAUUGAGUUAAUACUGGUUCCACUAAAGUGGAAAUCUAUGUAAACAAAAGAUUCAAAGAUUACGAGAUAUACCACUUAAAACAAUUCAAAUUUUAGGAAAGCAAAAAAUUAUUCUAGUUGUGUGAGAAAUUCGUCCCGUGCGCCAGAUGGGCUUAUUAUCCAGCACUCUGUACUCGCGCGAUGCAUUUAUCAUAUCACUAUCCCAUACGACGUAUCUAUUACGAUCUUAUGCCAGGAUAUGAGCGCAACGAAACAUGGUAGGGGCCGUAGCCAUAGCAGGCAUGUGGGGGUACAAACGGCCGGCCGGCGCGCGAGACAAUAUAUACCUGACGAGGGCCUGGUGUUGCCGAACACCUGCUCCACACCGGGUCCGGACGAACCUUUGUCUAAAGGCCGAUAUAAAACUCGUACGCUGUACUGGCUGCGCCAGUAGACUUUCGACAGGCGAUCAAGCGCACUGCGACAAUCGCAUCGCACGCGACUCGAUCAAACUCGACAAGUCUCUUCAAAAAUAGAUCGGAUUUUUUGGAUAAAUCACAUUAAAUCACAAUAAAUCUGUUCGUAUCAUGUUAAUUAACGGUGAUAAGAUGUGAUAAAAUUUUUUUGCUGAAGAAAUUCAAGAUUUUGGAUGAAAAUUUGAAAAUGUGCGAAGAUUUAAAAACUUGAAAAUAAGAAAGAUUUGCCAAAUGCACAUUAAAUAUCUGAAUCGGAAGAUUUGUGAAUUAUAAAAUACACGAAAUAUUCUCUCGGGGAUUUAUAAAACAAAAAUAUACAAGAGUUUCUUCCCUCGAGGGGAAUAUAUGAAUUGCGAAAUAUAAAAAUUCAAAAAUCUCACAAUUGAAGCAUCCUUAAAAGAAUUGAAGAAUUAAGAAUCCGAGAAAUGGCGAACGUACUGUGGCUGUUAUCAGUGAUUAUCGCAAACAUGUUGAUUGUUGGCACGUGCGCGGACGAGGAUCUCAACAAUACAGUCAAGCUAUUGCAGGAACAAGUAAGCGCAUUGCUGGAUUAUCGACAGCAGGAUUAUAACGCUUUGGAGGAGAGUCUGAAACAAUCGAUGGAAAAAAACACGGAACUCAUUGUCCUUAGGAACGAAGUAAAGCAACUCAGGAAGGAAGUGACUGCUCUUCGCGGCGGAAGCGGCAACGAGGCGAAGAACGAACGAUUGAGGGUGAGAUGGCUCGGCAGUGCCGUGACGGAGCUACAGAAUGAGGUCGCCGAAGUGCUCAGGACGCGGAACGCCAGCGAAGAGUUGGCUGAGCGUUCGAGGAUGAGGAGCGAAUUGGCUCUGUUAAAGGGUGACGUAGCCGAAGUCGGCAGGAGUGUGCGCGAUCUCGGUGGCAGAAUCACCAAGAUUGAGGCUAUCCUCGGUACCAUCAGACUCGAUAUUGUUGCGACCAAGGAACGUGCCAGUCUCUUAUCUCGCUCCUGCGCAGAUAUUAGUAGUCAGUUAAGCACGGUGCAGAUAGAGUUAAAAUCCCUGAAAUGCGAGUCCACACUUCCUAGUCAGAAUCCGCAGAAAUUGGAACAUCAUGACAAAGCCGAUCUCUUUCACAACGAAGUGAGUAGACUGCAUAAAAUCACGUCGGCCCGAAGACGCAACUAUUUCCGUGCCCUGACUCAUCGCGCUCGCUUCGAGGAACGUUUGCGAAACGUCGAACGGAAGAUUUCCGUGGUAGCGCGAAAGCGAACGAUGAUCGAGAAACGGGUUGUGUAUGAAGACCGCGAACAUCUUGAGGAACGAGUAAAGAAUCUUGAGUUGAAACAGGCGGAGCUUUUGAAGAAAGUGUUCAAUGCCACCCAAGAUCUGGUGUCGAUGAAUGAGCUUGAUGAAUCAGUGGUGCGACUAUAUGACUCGGUGCGACUCCUUGAAGAAGCUGUCUAUACUAAUCGCUCCGAAGUGAAACGAGAAUUGGCGAAAUUGGGGAUAAACGCGGCGCGAAAGGCGGCCGAAUUAUCGCUGACCAGGGAGGAACUUGCCAAUCUUCGACGCGCGGUUCAGGCGUUGAGCGUAAGCGCAUCGCAGCUGCAAGAGAAGAGCGAUGUGCAACGGAAGAAUCUGGAUGCCUUGAAUGAGACCCUUAGCCGACUGGAUCUCUCUCGCAAUUUGGCCAAGGCGGCAAACGUCACGCACGAAUUGGAACAAGUGGAGGAUCAGUACCGUCUCAUGGUAGAUUCGCUUCCGGGCAAUUGUGAAGAGCGCGAUGGUUUGACUUUGUUAGCGCCUGGUCCCGGAACACCUUUAUUAGCUUCCUGCCGCGCCGGUUGGAUUGUUGUGGCUCGUAGAAUCGACGGUGCGAUUGAUUUUGAUCGCACCUGGAACGAAUAUUCGGUCGGUUUCGGUUCGCCGGUCAGCGAAUUCUGGUUAGGUAACGAAGCAUUGCAUCGACUUACCCGCGACAAUUGUAGCAGAUUACGAGUCGAUUUGAUCGACACCUAUGGCGUGCACUGGCACGCCGAGUACGAGCAUUUCACGGUAGAUUCCGAAGAGACUGGUUAUCGACUUCACGUGUCCGGUUACUCGGGCAAUGCGACCGAUGCGUUGUCUUACCAGGAUGGCAUGGCGUUUAGCGCCAAGGAUCGCGAUAUGGAUAUCAGUACCACUGACUGUGCAGCCAAUUAUCGGGGUGGAUGGUGGUUUAGUCAUUGUCAACACGCCAAUCUCAAUGGGAGAUAUUCUUUGGGCCUGACGUGGUUCCAAUCGACCACUAAUGAAUGGAUGGCGGUCGCGUCUUCCGAGAUGUCAGUGCAACGAAAGCAAAAUUGUUGAUGACCCUGAAACGUUAAACGAGUGAAAUUAUUUCUAUUGAAACAGAAUUAAAUAUGAUAUGGAAAAACUUUAAACAAAUUAAAAAUUAUUUUGUGCGAUUUGAGUCACGCAUCUUGCAGUCAGUUGACGAGAGAACAUUGAUUGUAAUACCAAAGAAUUAAAUAUAAUUUAAAGACUUUAAUGUAAAUACAAUGUACAGUUAUGCACGAUAGAGUAAAUGCUGUAGAUGUGUGAAAAA